UAAGAACGUCUUUCAAAAGACAUCUUUUAUACGUCUUUUGAAAGUAAAUAAAUGCGAAUCCUGUAGUAUACGCAUUUUAGAUGUCUUUUAGAAGAUCUUUAAAAGACGUCUUUUAAAAGACAUCUAAAAGUUAUCUAAAAUAUAUCUUUUAAAAGACGUCUUUCUCUUUUUGCUAUAAUGCAUCUAAAACGCGUCUUUUAAAAGACGUCUUUUCCUACUUCUAAAAGUGGUCUAAAAUGCGUCUUUUAAAAGACGUUCGAUUUUUUAUAUGGAAAAUUCGAUUUAAAAUAACGGGGGUGUUCGCAAACUUAGUUAGCAUGUUUAUUUUGUAGGAAAUCAAUUUUUCACGAAAUUGAAAGUGGUAAUUGUCACUUUUAAUUAUUUUUAAAUACUAAUGUAUUUUGGCGACCCUUCAUAAUACGUUUUUAUUUCAUUACGUCGUAAUUUUGUUUUCCUGCACCCCCUGACGGAUAUUCUUUGACACUUGACCAUUGGAACACUCAAUAAAAAUUGGCGGUAGUUUCAUGAAAGCAUCUGCGGGAUACCGGUCGUUUAAAAAGUAAGUAUUUUUGUUUUGUGAUUCUCGGAAUAGAGUACAGCGGUUUUUAGUACUAAGUCUAAAGGUCAAAUUCGUGUUCGGUUUCCCUGGACACAAAAAGUCGGUCCCGGCCAUCUUUUACAGAAAGAUGGCGAUAUGUAAACAAGCAAACCCAGCUAGCCAGCCAGUAGUCAAAAAAAAGGACAAAGACUGGAAAGAAAAUAUUAAAGAAAUCAAAUUUGUUUUCUGGUUUUGGUGUUUAAUGAAGGAACCGUUAUUUUUAUUCUAUAUGCUUUUAUUUUUAGACAAAAACUAUUUCUUUUAACCUUGAAAGAAAUUGAGAAAAUGUAUAUAUUUUGUUUUUGUUAUACACUGCUGAAGCUAGCUAAUUAGUUAUUAGGUAGCACCUAGCUAUAUAGGACGCUAGCUAACUUCAAGAUACUGUCACUUUGGGCAAUGAAUGAUUCCCGUCUCCGCAAAGAAAGGAGAUUGGUUAAUCAAAAAGUUGACGAGAUUUUAAACGGUGAAGAUAGUGAUCAACAUGACCUGUUAAGCAAUCCUUCUGACAAUGAAAAUGAUAGAUGUAUCAGUUGUGAUGACGAGCCUUUAGAUUCCUCAUUCUCAUCAAAUGAAAAUGAAAUUCUGUAUAACAGUCUGGAUACAGUGACCAAUCCAGAAUCAUUAAUUUUAUCUGACAUUUCACGAUGGGCAGCUAAAAGUGGAUGUUCCAGAGAGUGUUUAAAUCAACUUUUGUUUUGAUUUAUUUGUUAUUAUUUAUUAUUUGAUUGAUUUGUUCAACUAAUGUUUUAUUGAGUUUUUGGGUCAUUCUGAAGAUUAGUUUCCGAAUUUUUAUAGCUCUCAAAGUUCAUCAAAAAAACCAUCAUUAGACUCGUUACAAGAAACAUGCAAUCAGAUUCUGGAGAAUCAAAAGAAAAUGUGCAGGUACCUUGUUCGCCUGGAAAGGCGAAUAGAUGGUAUGGAAGGGCAAAACCAGGUACCAGUUGACAAAAGGCCUCUGGUUCAAAUUGACAACAGGGAAGAACUUGAGCUUUGUGAGGAACGUUUGGGAAAUCCUGAAGACUUCACGGCAAUGAAACAACAAAUAUCACAAAUUGGCGGGGUGGACUACAGAGAUGCUGUACGUCUCGCAAUGAAUAGGAUCUUCACCACUACAUUCAUGGCGCAAGCCAAUUUAAAAGGCAAGAAAGACAAAGUCCCGCUGGAAGGGAAAUUAAUUUAUAGAAUUAUAGUAGAAUCUGUCAACGAGCGUUUUAAAGAUGCGAACGAACAAGAGAUGAGACGCAUAAUUGGAACCAAACUUCGAAACGCUCCCAGUCAAAGGAUCAGGGACAUAAGGGGUACCUUAAAUGUAUAAAUUUCCAAAAAACAAAUAAAAAGCCCUUUCGACUUACCUCA